AUGCCUCGGUCAGUACUGCCAUUCACGCACAACGACUCAGAAUCUUUCAUUUGCCAUGACAACCUGGGCAAGGUGAAAAAGCACGGUGCAGGCCAGAGAUAUGUCAGCCCUACCUCUGGGAUCUGUCGAAAACUCGUUGUGCAAGCCGUUAACCCUUCUAAGACAUCUGAAGUCAAAGAAGUCGCCAUCAAAAAUCACACCAACGAGGCAGGCAAGCUCGCCAGAUGGCUGUUAUCCAAUUUCCCCCCAAGAGGAUGGAUAAUUUUCGAGUGGAUAACCAAAUGGUUGUGGUUUAAUUGGCUGCUAUUAUGGCCAAUCAUCUGCUCUGGAUACUACAAACCGUAUAUCCGCAGGUUUCGCGGUCAGCUGUGGGCAGCUCGUUCUUCCAAGGAGCAUUCUUCGCGCAUUAGAGAGGAUGAAGAGAAGGAAAUUCGGAUACGCACUCUUUAUCCUCGACGUCUCGUGAUCCGCAACCGGAAUGAGUGGGUUCUAUGCGCAGAUCGUGAUAUCAUCAUCCGCACCAAAUUCAUCGCCAUUUCUUACCGCCAGUCCGAUAUCUGUACUCCGGGAAGCUCCACCGAGAGGGAAGAUAAGGCACAGUUCACAGACGAGGUUCGUGCAGCGGUGCUGGGACAGAAAUUCGAUGCCUAUUGGCUUGAUUCGGAGUGUCUGGGGAAGACUCGGUCAGAGAUGAAUAUAGAUUUGUACUGCAUGGCAGACGUCUACCGUAGAGCGGAGGUGACUUUGAUCAUGCUCGGGAAAGCUGCCACAUCUGGAGAGGACGAGUGCUGGAAGAGCUGGGGCCAACGGGUAUGGACUUUUCCCGAAGCCCUCCUGAGCUCUCGUCUUUGUUACAAGUUCCGGGAUCGGGAAGAGGUUAACCCGUUGUCGUUGUUUCAGCUGGCUAACCUGGCCUAUGCGCACUCCGACGAUGAACAAGCAAUCGUCAACGCAUACGGCGGGAAGGAUCCGCUUGAGCGGCUGGAGCGCUUAACACUCCUGAAACAAGCUAUAUGGAGGCGCGGUACAUCAGCUCAUCCAAUAGACUCUCCACCCCCGCCAAAGUCGGAUAUGAUAGGUGGGGGGCCUGUCAGCAGCGGGGCGUACGGUGCGGAGCGUGUCUAUGCUCUCAUGGGCCUUUUUGAGCAUCGCAUUCUUCCGAGCCACGAGGAGGACGAUUUGAAAGCUCUCGCAAGGUUGUCAAUGGCCAACGACAACGACCGGAUCAUUGAGCGCAUGCUAUCCAUGCUUCCCUCGACCAUCACCAAGGAGGCGUGCUGGUACGCCGAGAAUGAUAUGUACGGCGCAAAUCUUUGGGAUAUUAUCCCGGAGUUCCAAGUCUCUGGUGUGACAAAGAGCGGAGCUCUCGUUGCGGAUGGCUGUCGGGCGGCAACUAUCAGAUGGAAGGACUUCCCAGAGGUUACAUGUGCGACUCCGUAUUCGCUGAGGAGACAAAUUGUCGGUUUCAUGCCGUAUCUCGCCUGGCCGAUCUUUAUCAUCGGGCUUGUGAUUUACCCGACCACCGACAGAAAGGCAGGCAUCGCACUCAUCAUCAUCGGACUCGUGUUCCUCUUCCUUUCCCCUCUACUGUUUCUCUACAGUAAAUCUGGGCGUAUUGUCAUCGCCCAACCGUGGCUCAUCGGUGUCAAAGGAGUGAUCCGCAGAGAUGUUGUAGAAAGUCACUUGUAUGGGGGUGCCACAAAACAUUUCCCGAGGAUGUUAUUCACACCGAGCGGUUCUCAGUUCUCAAUUCCGGAACGACAAGAGUUACGGGGAGGCUCACCAGCGCAAUACGACGAAGCGAUAAUAGAAGAGGGUGGAUUAUAUCCGGGGCACAUGUACACGCUCAUCGACACAAUUUCGUCGACGAUGUACUAUUUCCGUGCUGAGAAAGCGCCGACGGUGUGUAUAUUCACAGGACGGGAGGGAGGGCUUGGGAGGUUUGUGCUUUGUUCGGAGAACUGCCAGAGAAAUGAGCUGCAUAAGGAGAGCGUGUUGAGGAUGCCCACGGAGAUCACUCACAAGAUGGAGAUGUGUGGUUGGAUCGCGCUUGGAUGA